UCAUCUAAAUGUUGGCUCAGCGUCCUUUCUUGGACCUGGCCCAUUCAUUUAUUUGGGCCGCUUUACGGCCCACUCAGUCUCAGUCCCUCACACUGCUUCCUCAGUGAAGCCCUAACACCAUUCACUGCUCCCAGUCCCUCCUCGUCCGUCCCCGUGCAACUGCGAGUCACUCUUUAAUUCAAUUUCAUGAAAAUCUCAGCUAUUCAACGCUGCAGACACAAGUCAAAUAAUUCUGCAACUACAUCUUCACUCCCAUGGAUAUCACCUCUUAAUUUUUCAAAACCUAAACUAGACCCACCCCCUGAAAUCACUCUCCCUUCUAAUGAAACCAGGAGGAAAAACAAAUAUAUCACUCACGACGUUGCUAUCAAUUUGAUCAAAAGAGAGAAAGAUCCGCAACACGCCUUGAAAAUAUUUAACAUGGUAUCUGAACAAAAGGGUUUUAAUCACAACAAUGCUACCUAUGCAUCCAUUCUCCAUAAACUUGCUCAGUUUAAGAAGUUUCAAGCUGUUGAUCGAGUUCUUCAUCAAAUGACCUAUGAAACUUGUCAAUUUCAUGAGGGUAUAUUUAUCAACCUCAUGAAGCAUUACUCAAAAUGCUCUUUUCAUGAAAAAGUACUUGAUGCUUUUUUCUCUAUUCAGCCAAUUGUUCGUGAAAAACCCUCUCCUAAAGCUAUCAGCACUUGUCUUAAUCUCUUGGUUGAUUCCAAUCAGGUUGAUUUGGCGCGGCAGUUGCUCUUGCAUGCUAAGAGGAGUCUAAUUUAUAAGCCAAACGUUUGCAUUUUCAAUAUUUUGGUGAAAUACCAUUGCAGAAAUGGAGAUAUUGAAUCGGCUUUUGAAGUUGUCGAAGAAAUGAGGAAAUCCAAGUAUUCAUAUCCUAAUGUAAUUACCUACUCAACCAUGAUGGAUGGCCUUUGUCGAAAUGGACGACUCAAAGAAGCUUUUGAACUUUUCGAGGAAAUGGUCUCAAAGGAUCGGAUUGUACCUGAUCCUCUUACUUACAAUGUUCUGAUCAAUGGCUUUUGUCGUGGAGGGAAACCUGAUCGCGCUAGAAAUGUAAUUGAGUUUAUGAAAAGUAAUGGAUGUUGUCCUAAUGUAUUCAAUUACUCAGCCUUGGUGGAUGGAUUAUGUAAAGUGGGGAAAUUGCAGGAUGCAAAGGGGGUUUUCGCCGAAAUGAAGAGUUCUGGUCUGAAACCUGAUACUGUUACAUACACUUCGUUGAUAAAUUUCUUUUGUAGGAAUAGGAAAAUUGAUGAAGCUAUAGAGUUACUUAAAGAAAUGAAGGAAAAUGAAUGCCAGGCUGAUACUGUUGCAUUCAAUGUGAUACUUGGAGGUAUGUGCAGAGAAGGUAGAUUUGAGGAGGCUCUUGAUAUGAUUGAGAAACUUCCACAACAGGGUGUUUAUUUGAACAAAGGUAGUUAUAGGAUUGUCCUAAAUUCCUUAACCCAAAAAUGUGAGUUGAGGAAGGCAAAGAAAUUAUUAGAACUAAUGCUAAGUAGGGGGUUUCUACCCCAUUAUGCUACCUCAAAUGAAUUAUUGAUUAGUUUUUGUAAGGAAGGGAUGGUUGAUGAUGCCGCUGCCGCGCUAUUUGACUUGGUGGAGAUGGGGUUCCAGCCGCCACUUGAUUGUUGGGAACUUUUAAUCGAAUUAAUAUGCAGAGACAGAAAGUUAUUGUAUGUUUUUGAGCUACUUGAUGAAUUAGUGACAGCAAAUUCUUGAUAUCUGUAUUGCAGAAUGAUGUAUUUUCUGGCCUUUUCAAUCUCUUUUCUUUCUCACACACAGACCUCACCACAUGCUUUUCCAUGUCCUGUGUCUCUCUGCUCCAAAUUCAAAACCUCUCUGUUACGUUUCCUCUCGAAAGACACUUACUUCACUUCCCUUCCUAACCACUCUGCCUCAAAGUCUCUGAUGACUACCAUAACAAUACCAACAACAACGACGCUGCCAACUGGCCAAUGGGAUUCGAUACUCCAUGACUUCCACACCGGUGCCAUCAAGGUUCACUUUUGCCUUUAAUUCUCUUUGUGUAAUAUACCUGCUUGAGCUCCAAGAGCAAGAUAUGAGACGGAAGCUUACUACUUUGCUUGCUGAUUUGAAACGGUUGGAGCAAAAAGCAAGGUACUCAUCGAGGAUGAUGGAAAUGAGAAUGAGAGUUUAUGGAUUGCUGGGAAAGAAGUUUCUAGAAGCAAAAUGUGAAACAAAUAAGCAUGUGGAUAAGAAUGAAAGUGUCUGAAGAUGGGGUCUAGUGGUUUCUUCUUUCUGAAUUUUGGAAGAGGGAAGAAACAAUAGAAAAGAGAAUUUAGGAGUUUCAAAUUUGGUCUUGGAACCAAAAAGGAAAUGAAGGAGCAGAAUAUAGCUGACACCAUAUAAUUUUACUAGAUUCAACGAGGGAGCCUUUUCAGGAAAAUGAAGAGAAAGAGAUUUCUACAUGUUUUGGAAUUACCUAAUGGAGCCCUACUCAAUACUCAUAAUGGCAAGACAUGUUGGGAUGGGGUUUUGCUGAAUGCAUUCCUAUGUGUAUGGAAAAUGAUGCAUAGAGGAUACCUCACCUCUCUUUGCUGAUAUUCAAAGUGUGAAGCCAACUCAUAUAUUCAUCGAAGCAACAAUGAUGGGCGGCGACCCAAUGUCCCAUAUAGAGUAUUAUUUCUAUUAGCAGAAUUAAGUAGCUGUAGUAUGCAACAAUUAUUUAUGCUAGUUUUAGUCUCACAUUGAAUUUUGUUGUAAUAAUUAGGAUAAGAAAAAUAGAAAAACUAAUAGUGGUAUUUCAUAUGCUUUUCUGAAUUUUGCUUUCACAAGAGACUUGGUAUGUGUGUAACAUCUAAUUACGUAUGGUGGUUAAACUAUUCAACUCUACUGCAGCAUCAUGAAUGCGGAAUGACACUUGAUGCAUAAACAAAGAUGGAAUCAACCAAAACCAAACUGCACCUUAGGAAUUCAAGACUUAUAAACCUCACUGCAAUGCCGCUGCAGUUUUUUUAAACAUUUCAAGGCUGUUGAAUUAGCUGCAACUACAAUAUUAAACUACAAGACAGUGAAUAUACUAUAAAUCUGUAAAGGAGGAUACCACAGUAAUGAAUAUACUAUAAAUUGUUUAUUUUC